CCACACCCGUGCUUUUCGUGCUCUUUCGGAAAAUGUCUCCAUCAGAAACGGGUCGACUGUCGAAAUUCUCGAAAAAUCGGACAUAACCGAAACCAAAAAUUAUGUGACAUCGAAAAUGGCGACUUCCAGUGACGGAACGGCUACAAAAAGACUUUUCGAAUGGUGGAAAACCUACCUUCGUUCGGACUAUAACAAAUAUCGAAACGUUGUUCUGUGUACCUGAUUGAAUCGUUGAGUUUUUUAAAUUUUAUUACAUAUUUAUCAUUUAACAUCAGUUUUUUUUUCUGUAUCUAGACCACAUUUUUAUCAAAUUAUACGCACAAACUAACAUUAUCGUCAACAUUCAGUAAAUAUUAGGAAUAUUUGUGUGAUAUGUGAUAUAACUACACUUUACUUCAUCGGUAUUAUUCAUAAAUCGCGGCAUUCAACUCACCGUCGUUCAAAACAUGGUGGAUUUAGGUGGAUACAUAAUAAUUAUGUUUGAAAGCAAAGACAGGAGAACUAAAUUAUAUGGUUUACGGCUAAUGAUCUCAGGUUCACCUCUUGAUAAAGAAAUUUUCGAAAUUGGUGAUGAAAUUCUUGAAAUUAAUGGCAGAACUUUUGAUGAAGCACCAUAUUCAGAAGUUAUCAACUUUAUUCAUCAGUGUAUACGAUCCCGAACAAUAUGUAUGAGAGUGAAGAAACGAAGCGCUGCUCGUUUAGCGUUAGAUUUAGACUUGUUUUCGAAGGUUCAAGAUGCAUUCGUUAUCGCUGUCGAAGAUUCAGCAAGGGAUUAUUUGGAGAAACUACCCGCUUUCACACGUGUCACCGACAUGAAACAACUAGCAAAACAAUUCAAUCAAGAAGGAUCCUCGAACGAAGAACUAAACGGCUUUCUAAAAAAUACCCCUUUAUAUGUAACUUCUUUAACUGCUACCGAAAGUAUAAACAACAAUUGCACCGGAAGCAAAAGCCUAGAAGGGGGAAGUGUGUUGAGUACCACGACGUCCGUUGUAGCUUGUAAUAAAGAAAUCGCCUCUAUAUCUAAACAGGACUUACCCAAUGGUAAAGAUCUUGGAGAUUUCUUUGCAGACCACAUAAAUAUUGUGCCGAAAGGUGUUCGGACUCCUCAGAGCGAUCUUCUGAAUGCCCGAGAAAGUCCAACACAAACCAAGAAAUUAGCAGAUAGAAGUUCUUCCCCUUUUCAAAAUGGACGAACCGAAUUACUAUUAGCCACAGAAGACAAUAAUAAAGUGAAAACAACGGCCAUCGUAGAAAGCAAUAAUAAUAAAUUGGGCGUUGAUUUAGAAAAUCGGCCUCGUCGACGCUCGGGCAGCAGUAUCGUUGUACUCGACGGGGAGCUAGAUCCAGUAAAAAAACACCCUGACGACUUGAACGAUAGUUUAGGGUACAAUAACAUGGUGAUGAUGAUCCCCAGUGAGAACGGACCCCAUAGGGAAAUGGCCGUCGAUGUUCCAGAUAGUUUCAUCGCCAGAAAUAAGACACCGCCUAGGUAUCCCCCACCUAAACCUAUUUUACAGGUAGGGUACAACAAGUUCUUAGGGAUUUCGUUUGAUAGUGACUAUCAGGAAAGAGCAAUAGAUGUACCUGAUUACAUUGUAGAAAAAAAGAAGGCAGCUCCUAAAUAUCCUUCUCCAAAUAUUAUUGAGAGUGGCAUGAAUGAUUCAACGGUCGCUCAGACGUCGGUCUUAGAAAGACCUUCCGCAGUAACAAAGCCUGUACCUCCUCCGAGGGAUCACCUCAAAAUAGAAAAGGACGGGCGUCUAGUCAAUAGGGCACUUGCACCACAGUUACCUGCAAGAAUAACCAAUAACAAUAAUAUCCUUCCUAGUAAUAACUCUUCUGGUGCCAUUAUGUCGCCAAGCAGCGUCGAACCAACAAAGGAUCAAUUGGAUAGUAUUAAGAAAUAUCAGGAACAAAUUCGAAAACGCAGAGAAGAGGAAGAUCGUCUAGCUGCUCAAAAUGAAUUCCUUAAUAGAUCCUUACGUGGUUCACGUAAGCUUCAGGCUCUAGAGAGUGAACCGCAGGGAGCUUUCAAUGAUGCAUUCGAAGAUGAAGGUCAGGAUUCAUCCAGAUCGGACACACCGGCAACUGAGAAAGAACUGGUUCAUACUCAAUAUGGAUAUGGAGAUUUGGUCGCUUCCAUUCAACGGUUACAACUUCAACUGAAGAAAGCUGGUACAGGAGGAGGUUUGGGAGGCCUUGAAGGUCGAAUUGCUGCUAUUCAAUCCCUCCUUUUAUCGCCCCAAUUUGGUCAAGCGCUGGCUGUUCAUAACAAAGUUCAAAGCGUUAGGUCGAGAACUACACCGCGGGCCACGCCGACUGCCCAAACCGCCCUAAGAGACUGCCUUGACGCUAUUAGUCAUUCUCAAUGUGCUUAUACCGUGGAAUUAGCUGCCUUAUUAACAGGUUAUGAAUUUGAGGCUUUAUUAAUGGCCCAUGAUGGCGUAGCAUCUAUACUACCACCGGAUUCCACUUCGCCUACUCCAUCUACUGCUGAAACUCUACCAUUAUCAGUAAUAGACCGAAGAUAUGGAGAAAAUAAUAUUAAAGUUAUUAAAAUAGAAAAAAGUACUGAACCACUCGGUGCCACAGUUAAGAAUGAUGGUGACGCUGUCGUUAUAGGUAGAGUAAUUCGAGGAGGAGCUGCCGAUAAAAGUGGUCUUCUACACGAAGGAGAUGAGAUUCUGGAAGUUAAUGGUAUUGAAAUGCGCGGCAAAAGCAUAAACGCUGUCUGUGAUAUUUUGCAAACUAUGGAAGGUACUCUGACAUUUCUAAUUAUCCCUGGGUCUCAAGUGCCAAGAUACAAUAACAGGGAUAAUUUCCUUCAUGUCAGAGCGCACUUCGACUAUGAUCCUGAGGAGGAUAUGUAUAUACCUUGUAGGGAACUAGGGAUUGGAUUUCAAAAAGGCGAUGUUUUGCAUAUCAUCAGUCAAGAAGAUGCCAAUUGGUGGCAAGCCUACAGAGAAGGAGAAGAAGAUCAAACAUUAGCAGGUCUAGUACCUUCUCUAACAUUCCAGCACCAACGAGAAAAUAUGAGAUUGGCAGCAGAGGAACGCAUGUCUAAACCUCAAAGAAAGUCAACGACAUUACUUUGUGGCAAAACGAAUAAAAGAAAAAAGAAAAAGGGAGCAUACGCCGAUGGCGGUUACCCUAUGUAUUCAAACAAUGUAGAUGAGUACGAUACUGAUGAAAUUUUAACAUAUGAAGAGGUUUCACUGUAUUACCCAAGGGCUAAUAAUAAGAGACCAAUUGUCCUUAUUGGACCACCAAAUAUAGGAAGACACGAAUUAAGACAAAGACUUAUGGAAGACAGUGAACGGUUUGCCGCCGCCAUACCACAUACUUCUCGAGCCCGAAAAGAAAAUGAAGUUGACGGACAAGACUAUCACUUCAUAACUAGAGCCCAAUUUGAAGCUGAUAUACUUUCGAGAAAAUUCGUAGAACACGGAGAAUAUGAAAAAUCUUACUAUGGAACUUCACUAGAUGCUAUAAGAUCUGUGGUAAAUUCUGGGAAAAUUUGUGUUCUGAACUUACAUCCACAGAGUUUGAAGAUACUCAGAACUUCUGAUUUAAAGCCGUAUGUAGUAUUUGUUGCCCCUCCCAGUUUAGAGAAAUUGAGACAGAAAAAAAUUAGGAACGGAGAGUCUUAUAAGGAAGAAGAGCUGAAAGAUACUAUAGAAAAGGCUCGUACAAUGGAAGACAAAUAUGGGCACUUUUUUGAUCUUAUCAUCAUAAACAAUGAUACCGAAAGGGCGUAUCAUCAAUUACUAAAUGAAAUUAACAGUUUAGAAAGAGAACCUCAGUGGGUGCCAGCGGCAUGGGUGAAAGGUUGCUAAAUGUAACCUAUAAUUUUUAAAUCUAGAACUUUUUAAAGCUCAAAUUGUUUGUAUAUCAAUUGAAUAUUUUUAAUUAUAUAUUAAUCCAUUUAUGUCAACCUUUUUUAACGUGGUACUCAACUAUUAGAAUAUUUGUUUCAUUCGUAUUGUUUAGUAAAUCUAGUGAACCUGUUCUAAAUUCUUGUACCAGUUACAUCGUUAGGAGUGCAGAUUAUGUAAAAAUAAUUGAAGGGUAUACAAUUUCAAGUAUUUAAAAAGUGUUCGGAACUGUUUAAAUCCCUUUUAAGAAGAUCAAAAGAAUUGAUUGAACAGGUGUGUGCAAAACAUAAACAUAAACAUGUGAUACUCUCUUUUUGAAGUGUAAUAUUAAUAUAGGAAAUAUUUUAAAGAGGACUUUUUGCAAAAAAGGCGGCAAUAAUGAAUGUAAAUAUUUAAAAUUGUAUAAAAUUUAAAAUUGUUCAAAGUAUGUUUGUAGCUAUGUAUAUCUAGCAUGAAAACUCGAAAUGUAUAUACUUUAUAAAAUUUGAAAAAAUGAGUUUUGUCUCGAUAUAAUUUUAUUCUUAUUGUUAAAACUGUUUUAAUCAAUAAAGGAUAAGGAAUAGUUAUAAA